AGAUAUCGUUCUUGGAGUCCGUCUCCUAAGGAUUCUUCUCGUGUGGGCGUAGGGAUCUUGCACUAUAUAAGAGGGCUGGGCGAGGUUCCGGGUUCUCUCUCCGGUCCUCUCUUCAAAGAUGACUAAGAAAAGGAGGAACAACGGUCGUGCCAAAAAGGGCCGCGGCCAUGUGCAGCCUAUUCGUUGCACGAACUGCGCCCGCUGCGUGCCCAAAGACAAGGCCAUUAAGAAGUUCGUAAUUCGAAACAUAGUAGAGGCCGCUGCCGUCAGAGACAUUUCCGAAGCGAGUGUCUUCGACGCAUACGUGCUUCCCAAGCUGUACGUGAAACUACAUUAUUGUGUGAGUUGUGCCAUUCACAGCAAGGUGGUCAGGAACCGUUCUCGUGAAGCCCGGAAGGACAGGACCCCCCCACCCCGAUUUAGGCCUGCAGGUGCUGCCCCACGUCCUCCACCAAAGCCCAUGUAAGGAUUUGAGUCCUGAAAGGCUGAAGAAAAACAAACCUGAAAGAAAAUAAAAUGGAGAUUAUACUUUACAA